AUGGCUGCUGUUGGCCCCCGAGUCUCAAAAGAAGAGUUCAUGCAUGCCUUAGGCUUGAACCCUCAGGAUUCUCAUCACGAACAAUACUACCGUGCCAUGAGAGACGAAGCAAUAGUCGUAUAUAAUCGCAUGAACCAAGAUAACUCGUUCCUCGUCGACGCCGUCCGCCAUGACCCAAACACCCGUCCCCCAUUCUUCUGGCACCACAUCCUACCCGACCGCCAGCGCUGGGCAAUUCUGGAAACCUGGCGAAACGCGGGUCCUCUCACUCGCUCGCUGUUUGAUCGCGGCGCGACUAGUUCAGAGUAUGGACCUAAUUGGGUUGCUGGGUGGUUGUUGUACAGUGUGUUUCGUUCGCGGGAUGUGAGAAACAAUCGGAAUCGACGGAAGGGGGAGAAUAAUGUAUCUGUCGUGGAUUCUGGGAGAGUUAAGCAGGUUGAGGAGACGACAUCACCUAAGAAGGGAUACUAUGAUCCUGUGCGGAAUGGCACGCUUUAG